AUAUAUUCCACCGCGAUUUCUAAACCUGCCAGAUCACCAAAAUCCACCGUACGGAAUCUUACAAUAUCAAUAUAUUAUUCGUGGAAAAUAAAGUCGGUCUACAUCGAGUGCCAACCAUUUAGGCCGAAAAGCAGGCAAGUUGAAGGAUCGGCGCGCCACAUGUUCAGCUGAGGGUACAUCAUUCCCGAAUGUGUAUUCUCCAGAUCGUGGAGAUUUGCGAACCAUGCUUGCGUCAUAUUUAUAAACUUCUGAAUGUUUCAAGAGAACUGUUAUGUGCAGGGUGUUAUAGAUCAGGGAGUUGUGGGAAACGGAAACAUUGCAUGUCCGUUGACUCAUCAUCCCCGGAGGUAGUCUUCAUAGUGACUGUUCGGGGUACUAUAGUAAGCAUCGAGUCGGUCUGCUACUUCCAAGUGUUCUCUCAUGUGGAACCUUGGUGUGCGACCAUGUUGCGGAUGAUGGAUAAUGCGAGGAUGCGUUGGACUCAUAGUGCUAGAGGUAAAACGCAAGGAGGCGGCGGUAUUUGUGAUGUGGACACGCGCGAAACGGGGACAUCAACUUUCCAUAUUGAUAUUCCAUUUCAACUUCAUGAAUCCUUCCGUGGAAGGUGCCUCUUUGCGCACAUGCAAUAUCUCUUCGUCCCUCAGUUGCCCAAGAGGCAGCUCAAUAACUUGCGCCGGGGACGUGAGAAUUAACUUGAAUCCACAGGACGUGGGCCUCUUUUUGUGAAACUCUGCCAACCUAAUCAACCACAUUAGCAGACUAUAUGUGUCACCCAUGGUAUCAAGACUAGCCAGGGAAAGAGGCGAGGUAUCAAUGAUAAUGAAGACGAAAGCCGU